CUGUUCUCUUCCCCCAAACCGUCAGGGCCUGGAAACUAGGGUGAACUCGUGUCCACCCCAGAGGUCACUGCAGGAGCCCUGAGGAGUCUAUGUCACCAGCUUGAUCCACCCAGACCCCUGGCCACUCACUCUGCCAUCGCCUGUGCCAUCCAUGAGGAGGAAACUUAGCUCUUUGAAGAGAAAGAGGCCCCUUAUUGCAAGCACUGGCCCCUCCCUGCAGGAAGUGGGGAGUGAAUGAGAACGUUUGGUCCCGGUAUUCAGAACUGAGGUCACUUUUGUGACUGCGUUGUGAAUAGGUCCAGCAUGCCUCCUCCCAGAACAAGGGAGCACCGGGGUCACUGGGACCGACCCCGGGCUCCGAGUGGAGAGGAGGCCCCAGAGAAGUGGGACUGGAAUUGUCCAGAGACCCGGAGUCUCUUUGAGGAUGCCUUCUUCCAGGAUGAGGAUUACAUCCGCCAGGGUUCUGAGGAAUGCCAGAAGUUCUGGACCUUCUUCGAACGUUUACAGAGGUUCCAGCAUCUCAAGACCACCAGGAAGGAGGAGAAAGACCCUGGGCAGCCCAAGCACAGCAUCCCCGCACUGGCUGACCUCCCUCGGACUUACGACCCGCGGUACCGCAUCAACCUGUCUGUCCUCGGCCCCGACACUCGGGGCUCUCGGAGGCCAGGCAGGCGCCUGCCCCCAGAGAGAGUGUCCGAGUUCCGCCGAGCCCUGCUGCACUACCUGGAUUUUGGCCAGAAGCAGGCGUUUGGGCGGCUGGCCAAACUGCAGCGUGAGCGGGCGGCGCUGCCCAUCGCCCAAUACGGGCAGCGCAUCUUGAAGACACUGAAGGAGCAUCAGGUGGUGGUGGUGGCAGGUGACACAGGCUGUGGCAAGUCCACUCAGGUGCCCCAGUACCUGCUGGCCGCUGGCUUUAGUCACGUGGCAUGCACCCAGCCCCGGCGGAUCGCCUGCAUCUCACUGGCCAAGCGCGUGGGCUUUGAGAGCCUCAGUCAGUACGGCUCACAGGUCGGCUACCAGAUCCGCUUUGAGAGCACGCGCUCAGCAGCCACCAAGGUUGUGUUCCUGACGGUGGGGCUGCUCCUGAGGCAGAUCCAGCGGGAGCCCAGCCUGCCCCAGUACCAGGUCCUGAUCGUGGACGAAGUCCACGAGCGCCACCUCCACAACGACUUCCUCCUGGGCGUCCUCCGGCGCCUGCUGCCCCAGCGGCCUGACCUCAAGGUCAUCCUCAUGUCAGCCACCAUCAACAUCUCGCUCUUCUCCAGCUACUUCGACAAUGCCCCCGUGGUGCAGGUGCCCGGGAGGCUCUUCCCCAUCACGGUCGUGUACCAGCCGGUUGAGGCGGAGCCGACCGUGUCCAAGUCGGAGAAGCUGGACCCGAGGCCCUUCCUGAGGGUGCUCCAGGCCAUUGACAACAAGUACCCACCCGAGGAGCGGGGCGACCUCCUCGUCUUCCUCAGCGGCAUGGCGGAGAUCAGUGCCGUGCUCGAGGCCGCCCAGACCUACGCCAGCCACACCCAGCGCUGGGUGGUGUUGCCGCUGCACAGCGCCCUCUCGGUGGCCGACCAGGACAAGGUGUUUGAUGUGGCGCCCCCUGGAGUCCGGAAAUGCAUCCUCUCCACCAACAUCGCUGAGACCUCCGUCACCAUCGAUGGGAUCCGCUUUGUAGUAGAUUCAGGGAAGGUGAAGGAGAUGAGCUACGACCCCCAGGCCAAACUGCAGCGGCUGCAGGAGUUCUGGAUAAGCCAGGCCAGCGCCGAGCAGCGCAAGGGCCGCGCGGGCCGCACGGGGCCUGGCGUCUGCUUCCGCCUCUACGCUGAGUCGGACUACGACGCCUUUGCCCCCUACGCUGUCCCAGAGAUUCGAAGGGUAGCCCUGGACACGCUGGUGCUGCAGAUGAAGAGCAUGAGCGUGGGAGACCCCAGGACCUUCCCCUUCAUCGAGCCCCCACCACCAGCCAGCCUGGAAACGGCCAUCCGCUACCUCCGGGACCAGGGGGCCCUGGACAGCUCAGAGGCCCUCACCCCCAUCGGGUCCCUGCUGGCCCAGCUGCCUGUGGAUGUCGUGAUUGGGAAGAUGCUCAUCCUGGGCUCCAUGUUCCACCUGGCGGAGCCCGUGCUCACCAUUGCGGCCGCCCUCAGCGUCCAGUCGCCCUUCACCCGCAGCGCCCAGAGCAACCUGGAGUGUGCGGCUGCGCGGCGGCCCCUGGAGAGUGACCAGGGCGACCCCUUCACGCUCUUCAAUGUCUUCAACACCUGGGUGCAGGUGAAAUCUGAACGGGGCGGAAACUCACGGAAGUGGUGCCGCCGCCGGGGCAUAGAGGAGCACCGGCUGUAUGAGAUGGCCAACCUGCGGCGCCAGUUCAAGGAGCUGCUGGAGGACCACGGGCUGCUGGCUGGGGCCCAGGCCCUGAAGCCGGGGGACAGCUACAGCCGGCUGCAGCAGCGCCGGGAGCGCCGGGCGCUGCACCAGCUGAAGCGGCAGCACGAGGAGGGCGGGGCGCGCAGGCGCAAGGUGCUGCGGCUGCAGGAGGAGCAGGAGGGUGGCUCCAGUGACGAGGACCGGGGCACAGCUGCCCGGGGGGCCGGCAACAACGUGGACAUCCAGGAUGUGAAGUUCAAGCUGCGGCACAACCUGGAGCAGCUGCAGGCCGCUGCCAGUUCGGCCCAGGCGCUGACGCGGGACCAGCUGGCUCUGCUGAAGCUGGUGCUGGGCCGGGGCCUCUACCCGCAGCUCGCCGUCCCCGACCCGUUCAACGGGGGCCGCAAAGACUCUGACCAGAUCUUCCACACCCAGGCCAAGCAGGGCACCGUGCUGCAUCCCACCUGUGUCUUCGCCAGCAGCCCCGAGGUGCUGCACCCGAAGGAGCCGGAGGCCAGGGCCGGGGAAGGGAGCCGAGACGACAGGGACAGGAUGAGCAGCAGGCACCAGCUCCUCACCUUCGUGUCGCUGCUGGAGACCAACAAGCCUUACCUGGUGAACUGUGUCCGCAUCCCCGCCCUCCAGUCUCUCCUGCUGUUCAGUCGGGCCCUGGACACCAAUGGUGACUGCUCCCGUCUGGUGGCCGACGGCUGGCUGGAGCUCCAGCUCGCCGACACUGAAGGCGCCGUCCGGCUCCUGGCGGCUUCCCUGCGUCUCCGGGCCCGCUGGGAAAGUGCCCUGGACCAGCAGCUGGCCCAUCAGGCCCGAGGGCGGGGGCAGCGGGAGGAAGAGGAAGACGAGGAGGAGGCUCCUGUCAACCGCCAGGAGGUGGCAGCGCUGAGCAGGGAGCUGCUGCAGUUCAUGGCAUCCAAGGUUCCCUACAGUCUCCGGCGGCUCACGGGGCUAGAAGCUCAGAACCUCUAUGUGGGACCCCAGACCAUCACAACUGCCCCCAGCCUCCCUGGCCUCUUUGGCAGCUCUGCCCUAUCCCCCCACCCCACCAAGGGGGGCUACGCAGUCACGGACUUCCUCACCUAUAACUGCCUCACGAGCGACACCGAUCUGUACAGUGACUGCCUCCGCACCUUCUGGACCUGCCCCCACUGCGGCCUGCACAUGCCCCUCACGCCCUUGGAGCGCAUCGCCCACGAGAACAGCUGCCCCGACGCCCCGCGGGAUGACCCUGCUGGGGCCGAGGAAGCCACCCCUGAGCCGCAGCAGAAGACGUCAGCCCUGCAGAGGCCUUACCGCUGCGAGGCCUGUCAGAAAGACUUCCUGUUCACGCCCACGGAGGUGCUGCGGCACCGGAGGCAGCACGUGUGAGCCCAGCUGUGCUGGGAGCCCCCGGCAGGGCUGUGGACUCCCCCCAAACCUGCACCCUGGGCUCAGAACCACAGUCUGGUCCCCCCCACGCUUCCCCGUGGGGAGGGGGUGUGGAUAGUCUGACACGCUGA